AUGUGGAGAUUGGACAUCUCUGAUCCGAAGGAAAGUCAUGAAACUUUGGAAUCAUUUGCUGUUGAGCAUGAAACUAACUUGAUUGAACAAGCACUCGUACUGUCUAUUGUUCAAAAUGAUGAUCAACAUUCAUGGGAUUUGUCUAGUUCUAAUGGAAAGACCCUUUUGAGAGUUUAUGAAAACUUUACAUUUGAUUUAAUUCAGGUGAGUGAUGAUCAUGUGUUACAGAGAGGUUUCAAACUCACUCAUAAACAUGAAACUCAUAAAAUUCCAGUUCAAAAUCUGAAUCCUACCUCCAAAUAUUUCAAGGAAGAUUCAUCAUAUACAUGGGAAGAUCAAGAAUGUUAUGAAACUUUAAUUGAAUUUUCACAAGAACAUACCAAAUGUUAUGGGUUUGGAGAAAAGUCUGGAAAUUUGUCAAAGGAUGGAAGAAAGUGGAAGUUUUGGAACUACGAUCACUUUGGAUAUUCAUUCAAUUCUGAUCCAUUGUAUCAAUCAUGUCCAUUCUUGAUGUUUUGCUCUGGAAAUUCUCAACAAUUGAGUCAUGCAAUCUUUGUUGAUGCUACUAGCAAGCAAGAGUGGGAUCUUACCACCUCUGAAAAUAUCAAGAUUUCAGUUGAAAGAUAUGGUGCACUUCCAGUUUAUUUAAUAGUCGGAGAAAGCCCACUUGCUCUCGUUCAGUCCUUCACUGAUGAAUUGACGGGAAGAACUUCUCUCCCACCACAGUACGCUCUCGGUUUCCAACAAUGUAGAUGGAGCUACUAUCCAGAAUCAAAGGUCAGAGAAAUUAGUGAUGGAUUCAUUCAACAUGAUGUUCCAUGUGAUGUUUUUUAUUUGGACAUUGAUUAUAUGAAUAAUUUUGAGUGUUUUACAAUUUCCAAAACUGAAUUCCCAAAUCCUAUUGGACUGGCAAAUCAUUUACUGCUCAAUAAUAGACAACGUUUCGUUUCUAUUAUUGAUCCAGGUAUCAGCAAGGCAGAAAACAAUCCAAUGGCAUAUAAGGUCUAUAAAGAAGGUUCUGAAGAAAAUGUCUGGUGUAAACUUUCUGGUGAGGAAUAUGUGGAAAGAGUUUGGCCUAAUAGAUGUGAAUUUCCAGAUUACUACAAUGAAAGAGUGAGAUUGUGGUGGGGAAAGUAUUACCAAAAUUUGAUGGAUAAUGGAAUUCAGGCAUUUUGGAAUGAUAUGAAUGAACCAGCUGUAUUCAAUGAUGGAACAUCCAAGACAUUUACAUUGGCAGUGGAACAUGAAUUAUCCCAAAAAAGUGGCAAGACAAUCAAACUAGCCCACAGAUUUGUUCACAAUGCUUAUGGACAUUUAAUGGCUCGUGCUUCUCAUGAAGGUUUGAGAAGAUUACAACCAAAUACCAGACCAUUCUUAUUGACAAGAAGUGGAUACAGUGGCAUUCAAAAGUAUGCCUGGUCUUGGACAGGAGAUAACAAUUCUACAUUUGAGGAUAUGAAAUUGAGUAUUGCCAUGCUUUUGAACAUGUCCCUUGUAGGUCAAGUUAUGGUUGGAGCUGACGUUGGAGGUUUCGUUUCUGAUUGUAAUCCAGAGCUUUAUGCAAGAUGGAUUGGAAUGGCGGCAGUUUGCUAUCCAUUCUUUAGAAGCCACUCUAUGAAGGACACUUUAGAGCAAAAUCCUUGGGCCUUUGGUUUGGAAUGCGAAAAGGCAUGUCAACACUUUAUCAAACUUCGUUACCGAUUGAUUCCAUACAUUUACACUCAAAUUCAACGCUCCACCGAUAAGAAACAAUCAUAUCAACCACUCCUUAGACCAAUAUGGUUGGACUUCCCACAUGAAAAGGAAUGCUACAAUGAAGAAUUUGAAAAUACUCAAUUAUUGUUUGGUGAUUCCAUUUUGAUAGCUCCUAUUUUACAAAGUCAAUCAACAAGUAGAAGAGUCUACUUGCCAAACCAUGAAGGAGGAUGGUUUGAUUUUACCAACAAAACCCACUAUGAAGGAGGCCAAGUCGUAGAAUUUACUGACAUUACUCUCUCCAAGAUGGUUAUGCUUGUCAAGUCUGGUUCUAUUAUUCCAAUGAGAGCUGAAAGCAAACAGUCAGUCUAUGACAAUUUCACAUCCCCAAUAGUUUAUGAAACCUAUGGAAAUGGCACAUGCUCUGGUUCUCUCUAUUUGGAUGAUGGUAUUUCAUAUGAAUUUGAAAAUGGUAAAUUUGGUCUUUAUUCCCUUUCUGCUUCCUCUCCAACCAAUGAAGUUAAUGUUAAACUUAUUGCAGGUGAGGGUUAUUCAUUCCAACUCUCUCAAGAACAAGUUAAUUCUCUCUAUUUCCAACCAUUUCCAGUGAUUCCAGAGGAAUCUAAGAAAUGUUCAUGUUUGUAA